GUGAAGAAAGUGUAUACUCUACGUGUAAUGAUUGCUUCACUAAAAAAUUAAAAAAGCCUAAAGUUGAUAAAGAUGAAUUGGAAAUCUCAGAAGUGUUGAAUGAAUCUGAAUCUAUUCAAAUUAAUGAUAUAGAAGAAAGAGUUGAUGAUGAUAAUA